CCAAUGUGUUCCGUAACCAUGUCGGCUCUUUGUUUUCCAUAACAAUUGGGGCUCCAAUGUAGUUUCGGCUUCUUUCUUGAUUCUCAGAUGGCCGAUGGAAUCGUUGUGCUUGGCUCAUUUUGUGAUGACUCGCACCGACCCGCUGCGGCAGCGUCUCGUUCAACACCUCGCAGCGGGAAGAGGAGACGAACAGAUGCAGAUCGUGUUGCUCCGUUUUUGAUUGUUGCCGUUUUGGGUUCUCAGUUAGGCAGGUGGUCACAGUGUUUCAAGUUGAGCUCCCGCGGGUCGCAUACAACAAACGUGGGGGCCUUCGGAUGUGAGGUGUUAGAGCGCUUUUCGGUCGAUAUUCCAUGCGACGACACAGAUGUUGUAAGGCUGUAUGGUUUCGCCGUCGUCAGAUCAUUCAAGUUGUUGAGCGUUGGAGAUGAUGCGUCAGAUGUGUGUACCGAAAAUGAUGCGACCAUGCAACGAUAUUUCAUGAAAGAGUUCGAAUCGAAGAGAGAUCGGCGAACGCAGAGGUUUGGGUAUCAGAGUGUGCCGAUCCAGGAGUCAGCGUUUCUGGACGUCCCCAUUGAGCUUCCCCAGGGCCUCGGAGAUUUGAGUUCUGGAGAAUUCGCGGUGGGUUUCGCUGAAUGGUUUGAUGCUUCCAUCCGUGUGCAUGUUUGCCAGCACGCCAUCGAUCAACAUGGGCACGCGCACGGUGAUGCACAGAACCCCUCGGCACAGGAGUUGUUCACCCGCUGGAGGUCAAAGUACGACCUGGACGGUUUCCUGGGGAAGCCGCAGAAAUGGCUUGUUCAUCCAACCCUGGCGGUCAUGCAUGCACGCGGUCUUCUGGGGUUUGAUUUGUAUCAGCUGAUAUUUCGCGAGCGGGUGCGUGAUGUGUUCUUCCCUUCGCUUCUCUCUGAUCACGUGGUGUUGGCUUACCUUGGAACCCAGAAGGCGCCUCCUCGUCAAAGAGGAAGCGACGCCGAGCAACCUCAGGACGAUCGUAAGUACGCGUUGCACGUAGUCGGUCGGCGAGAUGCUGUAAGAGGAAGGAGAUUCGCACCUGCUCAUUUAAUUCGGUCGCUCAAGGUUCAGACGGGCAUCAAGAGUAUCAAACACAUGCAGGAACACGUUCAGAGAUGUUUGGAGUUCGCACUGCCUGGGGAGUCCGCGCAGGUGAUUGAAAAAAUAACAAAAGAUGAUUUUGCAGCUCCGUCGGAGAAGACUUCAGUGAAAGCACGUCUCAGGCUUGAUAGUACCAUGAUGUUGUUACGACAGGUUCUGAAUCGGCAGGGCGGCUGGAUGCGGCAGCUGUGGUACGACGCAAGCCCUCAGAGGGGCAUCGAGUUGUUCUCAGUUCGUGAGUUUUGCCAUCAGCAUGCCGACAUGACCACGGCACAGUUUCGCACGCUGCCUGUCUGCACUCUUGGCGUGGGCCACUUCACGGCCGCAGAUAAGGCUGUCGCCGUCCUGCACACCAUCGCCUUAGAGAGCGGCUAUAAAGAAUUGUGGAUCAGGCAUUGGUGUGAAUCCGUUCGGGUGGUAUCCCCA